AGCACAUUGUGUUUGAAAGAUAAAGACGUUAAGUGAAUGACUUCAUCUCUAGUGACACUGUAAGAACAGACGACUAAGUUUAUAUGCAGGUGGAGCUAGGAAUCACCGCAGGGAUGAACAAAGCUGUGAGACUUUACGGGAAGGAAGAUCUCCGAGUGGAAUUUCUACCGAUUCCGGAGCCCCAAGAAAAUUACGUUCAGCUGAGACUAGCAAGCACAGGACUUUGUCGUACAGAUGUCCAUCUGUUUGACGAAGGUCAGCUUGACCACAUUGUCAUCAAGGACCCCAUCACAAUAGGGCACGAGAUAAGUGGAACUGUCAGCAAGCUGGGACUUGGCGUGAGCGGUCUAUCAGUAGGAGACAGAGUAGCCGUUGACCCGUGUCGGCCAUGUGGUCAAUGUUUACAGUGUUCGAGGCAAAGAAGCAACAUCUGCCAGAACUUGAGUGAAUCCGGGGUCCUGCACGUGGAUGGCGGCUUUGCCAACUACAUGACAACACCGGCUUUUACUUGUCACAAGUUACCGGAUAAUGUCAGCCUCGAGGAAGGCGCCAUGAUUGAGCCUUUGUCUGUUGGGGUGAAUGCCGUCCACAGAGCACGCAUGUGUCCCGGAGAUCAAGUCAUUGUCUUUGGGGCAGGUCCUGUUGGGCUCUACACAAUGCAAAGUGCGAAAGCACUUGGGGCGGGAAAAGUUAUGAUGGUCGAUAUCAAUGAAAGUCGUCUAAAAUUAGCCACCCAAAUGGGCGCUGAUAUUGUGUACCGUCCACCCGCCCCUUUCACAGACCCAAAGGCUGCUGGGAUUGACCUAAAGGCUGCACUUGGAGACGAAGCAGACGUCUGUUUUGAGUGCAGUGGAGCUCACGGAACAGUUGAUGCUGCCAUUCAUGCUUGCAGACCAGGAAGUAAAGUUGUUUUGAUUGGCUUUGGAGAGAUGGCUAUGGACGUCCACCUGGGCAUGGCUGCUGUCAGAGAGAUUGACUUACUCGGGGCUUUUGGAAAUCUCAACAAUUACCCAGAAUGCAUUCAGUUAGUUGCUGAAGGUAAGAUUGAUGUCAAGUCUGCUAUUAGUCAUAGACUUCCACUGGACAAGGUCAGGGAUGGAAUGGAGCUGAUAAGAAAAGGUCAAUCAGUGAAGGUUGUCAUAGACUGCACUAAUUAAUUAUUGCAUCUGGCUACCCAAAAAUGACAAAAAAAAAAAGAAAAUGAAACUGGAAAUUUGUUACCAUUUCGUCGUUUACAUCAUACAAAAUGAAUUCUUGUUAUUAUUGUAUUUAUGUUUCAAACAAGAAAACAUUUUUUAAAAAGUUUUUUAAAAUAGAGACAGACUCCUGGUUUAGCAAAACUAAAGUGUAAAGAUCUACUAGACUUUAUAAUAUAAUAAUAGGCCUUUAGAUCUAGACUUAGAAGAUGGUGUGCAAAAUAUUCCAGUACAUUAAUUUAUUGAAUGAAUGUGGAAAUACCUGGAGACAUCUAGUCCAUUCAAGAUAAAUAUUUUCUAUUUCUCUAGCCAAAUUUAAAUUUAUUUCUAUUUAUACUUUGAAAAAUUAUAACGGUCAAACUAGAGUAUUCUCAGUGUGGCAAACGAGUUAGUAACUCUUUUGCAAAUGAUAUGCAGCAACUGUCAAAUUUCUAGGAGCUGUUUUUGAGAUCAGUGUCUAGGUUCCAUGAAGGUAUGAAUUGAAUAUAGAUAUUGCAAUAAAAAAAAAUUCUAAAUUUUAAUUUUACAUUAAAAACUGUACAUAACAAUCAAUUUGUGUGUUGAGUUGAAUGAUUUAACCCUUACCACGGGAAAGCAGAAAACAGAAAAACAAACAAAUAAAUCAGACAUGUGCAUGAAUAGAUUUAUUUGUGUGUGUGUUUUUUUCAUCUUUAAUAUUUAUAGUACAAAUUAAAAGUGAAUGACAUAAAAUAUUUAAUGUAAAACCAAAAAAACAAAAAUUCAAUUUAUGUUUUAGUCAUUUUUAGAAAUUAAUUAGUAAACCUUUUUAUUUACAACAGGCAACUAUUUAUUUAAAAUUUUACAUAUAAUCUACAUUGUACAUCAUAUCAACUAAAAAUCAUAUAGCAUAUGAAAAAAAAGUAAUGUCUUCUUUUUUCUUUUUUUGCAACAUCAACAUGACUUAUAUGACUGGACGCUAAAACAUAAUACAUUGUAUACAAUUAUUUUCUGAAUAAAGUUGUAAAACAAUAAAA